AUGUGUUUUGCCUUCUUCCUCUCGAGCAAAGUCAAGUUCCUCGUCGGACUUGUGGGUAACGUGCUCACAGCAAUACCAGGCACUUUACAGCGACCCUUCAUUGGAGAUGAAGGGACCGUAACGGUCCCUCAUGAAGGCGAAAUAGGUCUGCCCGCCCGUCCCCGGGACGUCUGGCGGGCCUCUGCCCGCCCAUCCCUGGGAUGCCUGGCGGGCUCUGCCCGCCCUUCCCCGGGGACACCUGGCGGGCCUCUGCCCGCCCGUCCCCGGGACGCCUGGCGGGCCUCUGCCCGCACGUCCCCGGGACGCACCUGGCGCCCUGGAAGCCUCUGCCCGCCCUUACCCGGGACCCGCCCCGGGACCUCUGGGCAGGCAUCUGGCCGCCCGCCCUCCCCGGGACGCCGUGGGCGGGCCUCUGGGCUAACGCCCGCCCGUCCCCCGGGAGCUGGCGGGGCUCCGCCCGCCGUCCCCGGGACGCCUGGCGGGGCUCCGCCCACCGCCGUCCCCGGGACGCCUGGCGGGGCUCCGCCCCACGCCCGUCCCCGGGGACGCGGUGGCGGGGCUCCACCCACCGCCCGUCCCCGGGACGCUGCAGGGCAUCCGCCCGCCCGUCCCCGGGACGCCUGGAGGGCCGCUGUCCCGCCCAUUCCCCGGGAACGCCUGGCGGGCCGCUGCCCCGCCCGUCCCCGGGACUGGGCCUGGCGGGCCGCUGCCCCGCUCCCGUCCCGGGACGCCUGGCGGGCCGCUGCCGCCGCCCGGUCCCCGGGACGCCCUGCGGGCCGCUGCCCGCCCGUCCCACCUACCCAGGGCCCCCCCCACCCCUGGCGGGCCGCUGCCCGCCGGUCCCAGGACCGCCUUGGCGAGCCGCUGCCCUCCCGUCCCUGGGACGCCUGGCCGGGCCCGCUGCCCGACCGGUCCCCCGGGAACGCCUUGGCCGGGAGCUGCCCGGCAACGUCCCCCGGGACGCCUGGGCUGGGCGGAGGCCCGCCGGUUCCCGGGGGCUCCGCCCGCCGGUCCCCCGGGACGCCUGGCGGGCGGAGGCCCGCCGGUCCCACCCGGGAAACGCCUGGUCCGGGCGGAGGCCCGCCGUCCCCCGGGAACGCCAUGCGGGCAGGGGAGGCCCGCCGGUCCCCGGGACUGGGCCUGGAGGGAGGGCCCCGGAGCCCCCGGGUCCCGGGACGCCUGGCGGUGCCCGGAGGCCCCGGGCCGGUCCCCGGGACCCGCCAUGGGGCCCGGGCCCCGGCCGGCCCCGGCCCGUCCCGGGAGGCCCGGCCGGGCCCCGGGGGAGGCGGCCCCCGUCCCCGGGACGCCUGGCGGGCAAGGGAGGGCGGUCCCCUGGGUCCCCCGGGACUCUGGGCGCCUCUGCCCCGCCCCAUCUGGUAUGCCUGGCGGGCCUCUGCCCGCCCUUCCCCGGGACACCUGGCGGGCCUCUGCCCGCCCGUCCCCGGGACGCCUGGCGGGCCUCUGCCCGCCCGUCCCCGGGACGCCUGGCAGGCAUCUUGCCCGCCCCCUUCCCCCGGGUGGGGACGCCUGGCGGGGCCUCUGCCCGCCCAUCCCCGGAUGCCUGGGGCGGGGCUCCCGCCCGGCCCGUCCCCGGGACGCCUGGCGGGGCUCCGCCCACCCGCCCGUCCCCGGGGACGCCCUGGCGGGCCGCUGCCCGCCCGGUCCCCGGGACUCCUGGCGGGCCCGCUGGCCCCCCGUUCCCCGGGCGCCUGGCGGGAUGCCCGCCCGUCCCCGGGACGCCAUGGCGGGCCGCUGCCCGCACGUCCCCGGACGCCUGGCGGGCCGCUGGCGCCCCGUCCCCGGGCCGGCCGGCGGGCCGCUGCCCCGCCCGGUCCCCGGGACGCCUGGGGCGGAGGCCCGCCGGUCCCGGGACGGAAGCGGCGGGGCGGGCCGGAGGCCUUCCCCGGGCGCCUGGGCGGGGGCGGAGGCCCGCCGGGUCCCCCGGGACGCCGGCGGGGCGGAGGCCCGCCCGUCCCGGGGACGCACUGGCGGGCGGAGGCCCCACCCGCCGUCCCCGGACCCCCAAAAAAAAAAAAAGCCUGGCGGGCGGAGGCCCGCCGGUCCCCACCGGGACGCCUGGCGGGCGGAGGGCCCGCGGUCCCCGGGACGUGGCGGGCGGAGGCCCGCCCGUCCCCGGGACGCCUGGCGGGCGGAGGCCCACCCGCCCCCGGUCCCGACCCCUGGGGGCGGAGGCCCGCCGUCCCCGGGACGCCCAAGGCGGGCGGAGGCCGCCCGUCCCCGGGACGCCUGGCGGGCGGAGGCCCGCCCUGUCCCGGGACGCCUGGCGGCGAGGGCCGCCGUCCCGGGACGCCUUGCGGGCGGAGGCCCCCCCGCCCGUCCCCGGGACGCCGGCGGAGGGCGGGAACCGCGUCCCCGGGACGCUGGCGGGCGGAGGCCCGCCGUCCCCGGGACGACUGCGGCGGGCGGACCGGCCGCCGGUCCCCAGGGACUGGCGGGCCGGCCCGGCCCGGCGGGAGCCCAGCACGGUCCCCCGGGACGGCCUGGCGGGCGGGAGGCCCGCCGGUCCCCGGGACGCCUGGUCGGAGCGGAGGCCCGACCGGUCCCCACCUCGGGGCGCCUGGCGGGCGGGAGCCACGACCGGUCCCCGGGACGACCCCCGGGGCCCCGGCGUGGUGGCGGGCGGAAGCCCGCCCGUCCCGGGACGCUGGCGGGCGGAGGCCCGCCGGUCCCCGGGACGCCUGGCGGGCGGAGAAAUCACUAUCGGAACACUCACCAACAACAGCCAGAGAAGGCGAUGGCUGUCCUCUCUUAACCGUCAUCCUCAUCCUUGCCUCAUCCAUCGGUCCAUCCGUCAACAGUGCAUCAGUCCUCACCCUUCAUAAAAUUCUCGAGUCCUUCCUUAUGAGGCUACGUACUUCUACAAGCGCCUCAGUGGCCUGGUGUUGGCUUGCUAUCUCGGUGGCCGCGAGUUCGAUUCUCGGGCAUUCCAUUGAAGUAUAUAGAGAAAUAAUUCCUUCUAUGGAUACCUCUCCCCCCAACCGCCAACGAGAACAAGAGAAGAAGAAGAAGAAAAAUGGCGUCUCUGGGGAAUCUCCCAGCGACCAUCAUUUUACGUUAGACAAGACACUGUGGACUGUAAACCUGACACGUCGCCCACAUCUCCUCUCUGAAGGGAAUUGCAAGGAUGGGCCAAUUGGAUCUAGGGUCGGGGGGGUGGGGGCUGAUAGGGACCGCCCCAUAGCCCUAAAACUAUCGUCGUACAAUCGAUUCCGGUCCACCAAAUUAGGGAUGAAAUUCGGAUAG